AUGUCUUUCAUCACCAACUUGUUCGUUAGCCUGAAGAAUGCGACGCCUGUCGACACAGGCACCUUGCCACGCGCAGAUGACAAUGGCACGCCCGAUGGAGCCGAUGAGGACUGGGAUUUUGUAACAGCGCACGAAGCCGGAGUCGUCUACGACGACCGUAUCACGAUCCUACUUGGUCCCCAUCGAGAGACUCGUCACCACAUCUUCAUCGCCGACAUGCCCAGGUCUUCUAAACUCCUUAAUCAUGUCUGCACUCUCGAACCAUCACAACGAUACUUGCAUCUCUCCCUCCCCGACCUCUUCAUGGUGAAACUAUAUCUCAAAUCGCAGUUCACAUCCGUCGACUCGCUGGCCAUCGAACAGUCCUGGUCAAACAUCAUUAGGCUAGCCAUCACUGCCGAUAUCUUCCAAGACGCCUACAUGGGAGAUAGGGCCCUCGCAGCGCUCACGACGAGGGGCAUCUUCGCCCUCGAACCCAACAACGCGGUGUUGCUGUUCAAAGAAGACGACUUUUCACUCGCCCGGGAAUAUCAAGACAAGACGGGCAACGGGCAGAAGCUGAUAGAGACACUUGACAAGGUUGCAGAAAAGGGUGCAGAGAAGCCUAAGCCGCGCAAAUUGGAGCUACCCAAGCCUCAGGACGUGAACUCCAAGCCCGACGUCUACAAGCGGAAGAGCGAGGGCACAAGAUUUGGUAGAAGUGUAUUAAGAGGGCUGGGACAAGCCACAGCAAAGAAGGGAAGUGAUAUGGAUGACAAAGUGCAUCCUACGCGGCAGCCCAGCGUUCCGCCAGGUGUGGAAUCGUUGAAGCGUGGCGAUGCCAGCAACUUCAUCUGGCCUGACAAGAACGUGAAGAAGUGA